CUGUGCAUCCAUGACGUCAGUUGUGCACUAGUUUUGUAGCGUCACGUUCGCGGAAGUAACCCGUUUCGGGGAGGUGGAUCCGAAGUUUUCGACCGGAGAAAACUCUUUUCUUCCUCUAAACUUCCCACCAACGAGCUGAAAGAGCAAGGUUAUGCGGUAGAGGGUAUAUAGAAAGGCUAUCACUAGGAAGCAAACACAGUACCACUAGAGCAUUAUGGGGUUUGGACACCACCUACAGAGUGGGGGAGAUGCCCACCAGGCCUUGCUGCAUCUCAUGGACCAGGAGCUGAAACUACUGGAGACCAUACAGAGAUGUAUCCAUAUACGCAUCAAGAGUGACCGAGAGUAUGCCAUGGCGCUCUCCGGGAUAACCACCUUCGCCAACAAACACAAGAUUCUGGAUAUAGAGACACCUACCUUAAAUGCAUGGAACACAGUAAUAGAAGAGACAGAGACGGUGAGUCGUUACAUCAAACAGAACGCAGAAGAACUGAGCAGUGUGACACUGGAGAGAAUUACAGCACUCAUCAGGGACAAGAAACAAACCCAGCAGAUCUAUAAGACUGGCAGGGAGAGGAUAGACCAGGACUUUAAACAGGUUGUAGACCAGGAAGUAAACAAACAGAAAUCUAAAUACAAGGAGGCAGGCAGGGAGACCUCUCAAGCCAAGAGGAAGUUUGAAGAAUCUGUGUCAAAGGGUAAGACUGGCAGAGACUUGGACAGCGCAAAAGACCGCUAUGUGAAGAAGACCAGAAAGUUACAUGCGACACAUAACGACUACCUCCUGGCUACCAAAAGUGCCAUCCUUCACCAGAACGGAUAUCGGGAAACCCUGUUACCACGGCUACUGGACUCACAUCAACAGAACCAGGAAGAAAUUGCAGACCAACUGAAGGACCUCUUGUCUGACUACCAGAAGAAAACCAACCUGUCCAGAAAGGAGUUUCAGAGCUCUCACAGGAAGGUGGAGGAAACUUUAGCAGCCCUGCAGUCCAAGGAAGAGUAUAACAGCUUCAUACAGCAACACAAACACGAACCUCCACCAUAUGUCAACAUUGACUUUGACAAGUCGGUGUGGGAAGAGUACAAAGACCCCAUGUUAGAGAAACAGGAGGUUGUCCUGAACAACCUGACUUUUGAGACAGUGCAACACAGCUCGACCAUGUUUGAAACUAGCCUGAGAGAUUGCAAGGCACAGCUGGAUGAGAAACUUAAACAACUGAACGACAAGGAAACAGAGAUUGCUGAACUACAAAAACUGGGAACAGAAGGGAAACCAGAAUGCGGAGUGAAGACCCGUGAACAGAGAGAACUCAGCCAGGCCAUAAACGAGCUGAAGUGUACAGAGAUGAAGCUGACAGCUCAGGAGGAGAUGUUACAGUCCAAGAUCUCGGAGCUGGGUGACAAGGAACCUCCCGCGGGAAUCGACAUAGCCGACGUUUCUGUCCCACCACCAGCUGCUGGGGAGAAGACUGGUGGCAUCAAGAAAAUCAAGUCCAUCUUCUACACAGGGUGGAAGAUGGGUGGAGGGGGAGGGGGUGGUCGGCAGAGUGUCAGCUCCGAGGAUCCCGACCCUAACGACCUACAGGAGGAGACCAACGAUGACGGUUAUCAUGAUAUGUUCCCAGCUAAGUCCCUGACAGAUGAAGAGUGGUACCACGGUGCCAUCCCUCGUACGGAGACCUCACAGCUGCUGAAGGAGGAGGGGGACUUCCUGGUACGGGAGAGCUCCCAGAAACCAGGAGAGUACGUGCUGUCUGUCAAGUGGGGAGGGAUCCCCAAACAUUUCAUCAUACAGAGCAAUGCAGAGGGUCAGUUCAGGUUUGAGGGACAGGCUUUCCCCACCAUCAAUCAGCUGAUCACCCACCAAUGGCAGAGCAGACAGCCGGUCACCAAGAAGUCCGGCACCAUCCUGGCCAAUCCUGUGCAGAAGGACAAGUGGGAACUCAGCCAUGAUGAUGUCAUCAUCGGAGAGAAGCUGGGCAGGGGUAACUUUGGUGAUGUGAUGAGAGGAGUUCUGAAGGAUGACAAGACUCCUGUGGCAGUCAAGACAUGUCGGGAAACCCUGCCUAAACAGGUGAAAGACAAGUUCCUGAUGGAAGCCCGUAUCCUGAAGCAGUAUGACCACCCUAACAUCGUCAGGCUGAUCGGAGUCUGCUCACAGCGCCACCCCGUUUAUAUUGUCAUGGAACUAGUACCAAACGGAGACUUCCUCACCUUCUUGCGGAACCAGGGCGGAACCCUGACGACCAAUCAGCUUGUCCAGAUGAGUCUAGACGCUGCCUCAGGAAUGGCUUACCUUGAAGCCAAGAACUGCAUACACAGGGACCUUGCAGCACGGAACUGCCUGGUGGGAAACAACAACGCGGUGAAGAUCUCCGACUUCGGCAUGUCGCGUGAGGAGGAGGAUGGCGUGUACAACGUGUCAGGGGGGAUGAAACAGAUCCCCAUCAAGUGGACGGCACCAGAGGCAAUGAACUAUGGGAGGUACACAACAGAGAGUGAUGUGUGGAGCUAUGGGGUCUUGCUGUGGGAGGUGUUCUCUCUGGGCAGUACCCCGUACCCAGGGAUGACUAAUCAGGCGGCCAGGGAGAAAAUUGAACAUGGUUACCGAAUGUCUGCCCCAGAGAACUGUCCACAGGAGGUGUAUGAAGUCAUGCUGUCCUGCUGGAAGUACCAGUGCAGUGAGCGCCCGCUGUUCUCCGACAUCGAGACAAUACUCCAGAGACUCUCCAAGCUCAAGUUUUGAAGCUGCAAGUCAGAUUAGUUUUGAACAUGCUGCCUAGAAAGUCAGAAAGCGUUUUCCAAGAGAGUGUAGAGUAUCACAAUAUCU